AUGGCUCCCCUUCACCAGGGAGACCCGGCCCCCAAGGACCCAGUACAGAACUACAUUGCUACAACCAUUUCUGCGGUUCUUCAGGAGUUGUCGUCGCCAAAUGGUCGACCAGCCAUAUCAAUUAACCAAAAACCGCAAAAGAAGUCCUGCUAUAUCAAUACUGUCACUGGUGCCCUAGAAACCGAUGACUCGCAAACUCGUACUAUCAAUUACACCUGGCCCGGUAAAGAUGCCCAUGAGGCCUGGAAAUUCAGUAUACUAUCUUGGUUCCAAGUUGCUCUUAUAGACACUCAACGCUUCGAUAGCUAUUAUAUUUCGCAUUCUCGCAGCCAUCACCGAAGCGAUUCACGCAGGCUUGAUGAUCUCGAAAAGCAGUUAUUGAACAAGUCCAAGGGAAAGGGCUACCCGGACUUAUGCACGCGUCAAUUUAUCCGUAAGUUGUCAGAAAGUAGACGACUGUUGAACGACCCUCUACGCUUCUAUGCCUUGGUUGACAGCGACCCCGACGGCAUGGCUAUCAUGUCAACCUAUAAAUACGGCUCAAUGGCGCAUACACGAGACAAUGCACAACUAAACAUUCCUUGCCUGCGCUGGCUGGGGCUGCGCACGUCCGAUGUCGCGGCAGGUGCCAGUCCACUGGGAGAUGAUGCGCUCAUUCAACUGACGCCGAGGGACCGGAAAAGGAGUAUCGCCAUGCUCUCAAGCAAUCCGGUGUGGGCAGCGGAUGGGCCCGAGCUUGAAUGGCGUGCAGAGUUACAGCAGAUGCUUAUGCUUAACCUGAAAGCUGAGCUGGAGAUCCUUUAUGACCGAGACGGUGGAAUCGAAGAAUGGAUUGAUCGGAAGAUGGCCACCGCGGACCAAUAG